AUGGCCCCUUCACCGAGCCCUCGGUCGUGGGCCCCGGCGGCUAUCGGAGAAGCCGCCAAGGCGACGGUGCUAACAAGACGAGAUGGCGGCGGUGUCACCAGUGGAGUGUACGAGCAGCCCAUCGCCAGCAAGCCCAUCAGCGUGCUGCUGGCUAUAAUGGGGUGCUGCGUGCUAUCGUGCUGUCUCAUGACCAAGACAUCGUCAAUAACGAGUUGGAUAAGAUUGCCAUACAUACAAUGGAUGGUUCUUAUGAUCUACUUUGUUUCAUUCUUGUUUGUUCUUGGGAAUUCAAUACUACAGUUCGGGCUCGGUUCUGAACUCAACUAUUCCACCUGCAUGGCGGCCGAAUUUCUUUGCCUCUCGACCUACGCCUUGACCAAAGUACACAUCGUCCAGGAGUCUCGCAAAUCCCGGUUAAAAUCCAGGAUAUACCUAAUAAAUUCGUUCGGCAUGAUGGGAAUUUACGUCAUUAUUAUCAUUAUGAACUUUGUUUUUCGAGUCAACUUUUACGACGAAGGGAUAUGCGUCAUUGGACAGACCAGAUUCGCGUUGAUACCCCUUAUCGUUUUUGAUGUUUUCAUCAACAUUUAUCUUACCAUUCUAUUUUUGAUUCCGCUUUUGAACCACAAAGAACUUUAUUCAAAUCACCUAAAAGUCAGGAGACCGUAUACGCUGGUCCUCCACUCGGCCAAAAUGGAAUACACUGCUCCGAACCUUCGACUGCGAAGAUUAGUGUUCAGGACGUUCGUGGGUACAUGCUGCACGCUCGCCAGCAGCGUCACAAACAUGACUGUGUUGAUGAUCCUGAACGGAGAGUCCUCAUGGCUCUGUUUCAUCGCCUGCAACAGUGAUGUUCUUUUCUCCGCCCUGGUCAUCCAAUGGGUCACGGCAUCCGAUCAGACCAGCUCCAAGAACCGGGAAUGCCUAGCCAAACCGCCACCCGCCACAUCUGCGGCCACGGCUGUAUCAUCCGGGACGACGGGUCGACAAUCCGGAGUCAAGUGCGAAGGGUACCAAGCGGUGUCGUCUCUGUUGCUGGACGAGACCCCGGAUCCUAGACCGAGGCUCAGGAGGAGGUAUUCUAUGCCUUGA